CAAGGCGCUGGUCUGAACUUAAGGCGACAGCACAACGGCCAUCCCGCCACACCGCACUACAAUAUCGCGACUCCACGCUCACCCAUCGCUGGGCCUGGUGAGUUGUAGAAAAGAUGCAGCCAUGAGGUGACAGCAGCACCCCGAAAUACACCAGCAACUGCUGCCUUCUCACCACAGCAGCUAUGGCCCAGGGAGAACAGGACAUCAGCGGAGGGACGGGCUCCGGCUUUGGCAGAGCGGUGGUGAUAUGCGCAGGUGUCGCCGCCCUGGUAGCAUGCCUGCUCACGUUGGUUUCCAUCUUCCUGCAAUCCAAGAACUACCGCAAGCCGCUGCUCCAGCGCCAUGUCAUUCGCAUCCUCAUCAUGGUCCCAAUCUUCUCCAUCGCUUCGUGGGCCUCCUUGACCUCCCUCCGAGUCGCCUUUUGGGUCGACCCGUUCCGAGAUGUCUACGAAGCCUUUACCAUCUACACCUUCUUUCAGCUGCUCGUCAACUUUCUCGGCGGCGAGCGUAGCCUGAUCAUCAUGAUGCACGGCCGACCGCCAGUCUCGCAUCUUUGGCCGCUCAACCACGUAUUUGCAAAAGUGGAUAUCAGUGACCCGCACACCUACCUGUCAAUCAAGCGAGGCAUACUGCAGUACGCUUGGUUUAAGCCUAUACUGGCAAUAGCGACGGUCGUGUGCAAGGCGACAGGCACCUUCAGAGAAGGCAUCAUGGCGGUGAACUCGGGAUAUCUCUGGACAGGUCUGAUCUACAACGUCAGCAUUUGCUGGUGCCUGUAUGAUCUGGCUCUCUUCUGGGUGUGCAUGACACAGGACCUGCAGCCCUUCAGGCCCAUGCCGAAGUUUCUCUGUAUCAAAGGCAUCAUUUUCGCCUCGUGGUGGCAGGGCUUCUUCCUGUCCAUCCUGGUAUGGCUGGGCGCCAUCCCCAGCGUGGGAGGUGGCUACACGGCCGACAAUCUGGCCGCUGCCAUCCAGGACGCUCUCAUCUGCUUCGAAAUGCCAUUUUUUGCUGUCUGGCACUGGUAUGCAUUCAGCUGGAAGGACUAUGCCGACAGGACUAUCAGUGAUGCCCGCAUGCCCAUACGAUUCGCCCUCAGAGAUGCUUUCGGGCCUCGAGACCUGAUUGAAGAUUGUAAGGAGACCUUCAGCGGCAAGAAAUACGAGUAUCGCUAUUUCGAUGCCGAUGACAAUGUCAUGGCCCACGAGCAGUCCUCGAGCAGAGAAGCACGGAUGCGGGAAGGCAUGCGAUAUGAGCGAAACGGAAGAGGAAAAUACUGGGUGCCUUCACCCACAGAUGUACGCCAGCCACUCCUACAGAAGUAUGUGCCGAGCAACGCUCGCACAAUGAGUCCAAGUGGUGGCGCUCCAAACAGGUCAACGAGCAGAGGCAAGUACGGCGCCGCGAACGAGGAUGAAGAGCCCGAGCUUGAUCCCGAAGAGGAGCGACUCUAUACCAACGCGCGAGCGCUUGAAUUUGGAGACUGGAAUUAUCCUGUGAUUAACACUCAUUACGCCACUCGUGAAGAUAGGUUGCACAGCAAUCCGUACACGAUCACACAAAGCACGAAUCGUGCCAUCCUGCAGCCCACAAGAGAAUCGAAACAACGACGCAAGUCUAAGAUUGAGGAUAUCAAGAAGGAAGUGCACCAGCACAAUCGACCAGGGACCUCUACGAGUCACGAUAGCAACCAAGGCUCGUCAAAAGGAAAGGAGAAGCUGAAGCAAUUGCCUGUCGUUGGCAAGCUGGUCCGAGGGUCAUCCAGCACCUCCAGCUCAUCUGCCAAGUCGAGAAGCUCACAACUUGUCGACCUGGUCGUGGAAGAUCACGAAGCAGAACAACUCGAGCGCGUACGUGCUCGAAAAGAGGGCGGUCCGGGCUGGAACAGUGUCGAGCAAAAGCAUUUCGUGAAGACUUACCCUGACGAGGAUGCCGCCGAAGAAAUUAGACAGGGAUUCAAUCCAGAUGCUCCAGAGCAAAAGAUCAAGAGCCAGACCCACAACCUCAACGACCCGUUCCCAAUCGGCGACGGCGAUGAUGAAAUGACUGCAGUAUCUGAUCAGGAAGGCCGCGAUCAGCUUGGUCAGGAACAGCCCUGGGAGCAUCGUGAGUACGGCAAACUCCAGCCUAACGGAGGUAGAGGCAACGGCAAAGGCUCUCAAGGUAACAGUCCACUGCCCAGUCCGAUGUUUGAAGAAGAGAGAAACGCUUGGGGCGAGCGAUAAUCUUGGCGUUUUGAUGCCGAUAUUCGCUCAGAUUGUACAUGUUGAGACAUUAGCGGCGGCGUUCUUCACUUCGAGGGCAUUGGUUGGCGUUUUGUAGUUUGAGAUACCAUGUCGUCCUGGUUGAUCAGAUGAAAGUAGGCAGCCUUUCGUACCAUGGAAGCAGUGUGGGCAGCACUUGUCAAUA